AUGCAGCUCGGCCAGUCAUCCCUAAGCGUGUUCCUGGUGCUGCUGCUGUUGCUGUGCCACGAAAACAAAUUUCACCGGUGGAAAGUGAACGGAGCCAUCAGUGCGUUCCAGCCGACCAUCUUCGACAGCGCGCAAUGGCGCGUCAUCUUUCACCUCUACCGGAACGUCACGAUGAUGAUGGCGGGUCGGACCGGCUACAAGACGAGUGGCAAGUUCCUGCAGAAGAAGAUCCCGGACAGUGUGCCGUUCCCGUGCGACGUCUCGAUCGGUCGCAGCCCGGAACCACCGGUCAGCGUGCACAAACUCCGGCCCGGUGACAUAAACGUGGUGGCAGCGAUCGGUGAUUCCGUCAUCACAGCAAGCGGUGCGUCAGCGACCAGCUUCCUGCAGCUAUACACCGAAAACCGGGGUCUAUCGUGGUGUAUCGGUGGUCAAUGGGCCUGGCGAAAUGCCACCACGCUACCGAACAUACUGAAGAUGUUCAACCCCAAGCUCGUCGGAUACUCGUACCGCGAUUCGUACAGCUUCCACUGGGAUUCGCAGUUUAACAAUGCUGAGAUAGGUGCUGUCUCGAAGGAGCUCCCACACAUGGCAGCUCAGAUGGUGACGCGCAUCCGGACAGACCCGCGCGUCAACUACCAGAAGGAUUGGAAGCUUCUUACGAUCACGAUCGGUGGGAAUGACAUCUGUGCGUAUGUGUGUACGCUCGAAGACCCAGAAUCACUGCCAACACGUCACCGUCGAUCGCUGUUGAAGAUGUUGCGGUAUCUUCGCGACAACCUGCCCCGAACGCUGGUCAACAUCGUGUCCGUACCGGACGUGUCAACGGUGGUGUCGGUCAAGAAGAAGCCGAUGAUAUGCUGGAUCCUGCACCAUGCUGAGUGUCCUUGUUGGGUGGGCCCGCUUCACAACUCUACCAAAGAAUCCCGGGCCAGGUGGGCUCGGAUACAGAUGCAGUACCGCAAGGUUGAGGAGGAGGUCGCCAUGCUCGACGAGUUCCGCGGGUUAGACGAGUUCGCCGUCGUUCACCAGCCGUGGACGAGGAAUCUUUCGCUCAUGAAAGGAAACGAGGUCGACUACACGCUGCUAUCGUACGACUGCUUCCAUAUGAGUCAGAAAGGCCACGCACAAGCGGCCGUGGCGUACUGGAACAACCUGCUGGAGCCGCCGGGUAAGAAGAGCACCGGCUGGAAGCCGGGCAUCGACGUGUUUCGCUGUCCUUCGCCGCAGGCACCCUACAUCUACACCUACGACAACAGCUAG